AUGCCUUCGUACCACUCUUGGGGGCCGCAUGGCCAACACUCCAGACUGCCACCAACUCCUCCAGAGUAUCAGAACGACUACCUCACUCCCAUGAGCGCAGUCUCCGAGAGAGGCUUCUACCAACAACAGAACUACCUCCCCCGACGGUCACUAUCCAGCAGAGAAUAUAGUGAUAGGUACCAGGCACCCCCGGCAUACACUGCUCAACAACCCCUGGCUAGUCAAGUCGCUCGUCUAGGACAUGCCCAAGGAACCCAGGAAUACCCUUAUCCUCAAGCAUACCCUCAGACGGCUGCACAAUAUGGGUAUGCUCCCGUUGGUGCACCCGUCUUGCCGCCUAUCCGUGUCGGCGACUCAAUGGAUUUCUCUGGGCACUUCACCCAGCAAUCCGCUGAAUCAAGCCUCAAGGAAGAGAAGCCGACUGGAGGGGUUGCGCAACAUCUUGACUAUGACAUGGAUCUGAUGUCGAACUUUGUUGCCGAAAUGUCCCAGAAACUGGUUGCACCGGAAUCCUCUCCGUCCUCCCAAUUUCGGAAAUACGUCUCGCAGAUACUGUCAUCAACUCGACUGCCAAGCUCCACCAUCAUGUUGGGUCUCUUUUAUCUAGCUUCUCGUAUGAGCCAGCUCAACGAACGAGGCCAGUCAACAUCAUCCUCCGGCACUGUCUAUCGCAUGCUCACCACCUGCCUCCUCCUUGGUAGCAAAUUCCUUGACGACAACACAUUUCAAAACAGAUCAUGGGCUGAAGUCAGUAGCAUCCCUGUUCAAGAGCUCAAUGUGAUGGAAAUCCAAUGGCUCACCGACUUCAACUGGGAGAUUCACGGUAUGAUGUACGAUAAAGAGGAGGGUUUCUUCAUGUGGGUAGAGCAUUGGCAUGCCUACGAAGAAAAGGCUCAGCUUGCCAAAGCGAAAGAGUUGCAGAAACUGGCUCCAAUCGAGACCAACAUUCGCCGCAGUCGAUCUCUGCACAGCCAACCACUGAUGUCUCCGGAAGGACCCAUUCCACCUCAAUACCAACAAGGCUCGCAGUACGAUACCCGCUGGGUUCAACCAUACAUCUCCGAGUAUUCACCGCCGUCUGCACCACAUAGCGGACCUGCAACACCUGACUAUUACACUCCGUCAUGGUCGUACACGCCUACAAGUGCCUCCUUUGGCCGCCAGUCAUAUCACUCCAACACCGCCUCAGCAUACGCUGCACAACGUAGUCAACUCCCAUCUUGGGGCCAUACGUAUGGCUAUGCAAGCAUCACGCCAAGUUGGAUGGCGCACGGCCAUGGUCUGCACGCAAAGCAGUCAGAUUAUUACUUCAGUCAUACCGGAUACCCACUGCAGACUGUGGUCGGUUAA